AUGCAGUUCUCAUCCUUCCUCUUUGCCACUCUCGCGUUGGCUCUCACCAGCGUCUGGGCCCAGGAUGCCACUUCUGAUGAUAAGCCCACCUGCCUGCGUAUCUGCCGUGAUGACCCUGUUACCUGCCAGGCCGGCUGGGUGUCUAAACAGAUUGGCGCCGAAGAUGAGGAUCCCUGCUGGACUUGCUGCAAGGAGUAG